GCAGAGGAGGGCGGGGCUCCCAGCAUCAUCACCACCCGCCAUCACUGCUUCAUUGUACGAGCUGCUGCUGACCCACUCAUCACAGCGGAGGGGGGGUCGAUCCAAACGCAUGAUCGAAAGGAGACACCAGGAUGGAUGGAGGUUUCUUAGGACGUUCCACCUGAUCGGGAUUCAUCAGGAGCCCUUGUGUUUAACAGGAGAAUGAGGAGGAGGAGGAACUGGAAAACUUGGAAAGUUUCUCUGAAAUCUCAAUGAAAGUAUCAGGAGAGCCUCUCUAGUGUUUCAAUCAAUGGCUAAGAAAAGCCGUACGAAGGGCGAGAAGCCCGAAGCACUCAUUUCUGCCUUACAGGCCGCCAAUGAAGAUCUCAGGUCCAAACUGACUGAUAUUCAGAUCGAGCUACACCAAGAAAAAUGCAAGGUGAGCAAGUUGGAGCGAGACAAGGUGCAGGAGGUGAAACGGGCGCGAGAGCAGGAGCAGCAUCGGCACACUGCCAUGCUAACGGAGCAGCGAGCCAAGUGGCACGAGGAAAAGCAAAAGGAGCUGCAGGCUCUUAGGGAAAACCUGACCCGGCAGCACGAGCAGGAGCUGGCUCGCCACGCCAAAAUCAAAGAUCAAGAGAAUCAGAGGCUGAAAGCGGCCAUCAGCGCCAUGCGUGAUGGUAGUGGAGAAAAGGUGCGCACAGCACUGACUCUUGAAGCGAAAGAGGACGCGCGCCGCUUCUUUGACCAGGAGAGAGUGAAGCUCCUACAGGAAAUAGCUGAGCUGAAAUCUACGAAGAAGCAGACCGAUGAAGCACUUAGCAACAUGAUCCAGGCAGACAAGAUGAAGGCUGGAGACCUGCGGGUUGAACACCAGCAGCAUCAGGAGCAAAUCUCCAAGAUCAAGUGGGAUUGUGAGAAGGAUAUCCGCAGACUGGUUGAUGAAAUCAAAUCUAAAGACCGCACCAUUUUUGCUCUAGAGAAGGAACUGGAGUCGACAGCAGGCUACUUACAGAAGCUGCAGCUUCAGAAGGACGCCUUGGAUGAACAACUGUUCCUGGUCAAGGAGGCUGAGUGCGGCCUGGGAAGCCCAAAACGAGAGAUUCCAGGCAGAGCUGGAGAUGGAGCAGAGCACUGUGGGAGCCCUGACAUGAGGAGAAAUCAGAGACGCGUUGCUGAACUCAACUCAACCAUUCGCAAGUUGGAGGAUCGCAACUCACUGUUGGGUGAUGAGAGAAGCGAACUGCUGAAGCGAGUUCGGGAGUCAGAAAAGCAGUGCAAGCCCCUGCUGGAUAAGAACAAGCUCCUGAACAAGAGGAACGAUGAUUUAACACAGACCAUCCAGAAACUGGAGGAGAAACUGAAGAGUCUGACGAAGGAAAACCUUGAAAUGAAGGAGAGGAUAGGCUCUCACCCUCCUCUCAAGAAGCUGAAGUCCCUGAAUGACCUGGACCAAGCCCAUGAUGACCAGGAAAUAGCUUUUCUAAAACUUCAAGUCCUGGAGCAGCAGAGCAUGAUUGAUGAACUGACAAGAGAUCGUGAAAAGCUGCUAAGAAAGAAAAGGCAUAAAAGAAGUUCAAGGCCAAUAAAGAGACACAUUGUUGUAGACACAUUUUUUGGCUACGAUGAAGAGUCUAUGGACUCUGAGACAUCCUCAGUGGCUUCAUUCCGCAUGGACAGAACCCCGGCUACCCCUGAUGAAGACAUGGGCGAGGGUAUUGCCAAUGAAGAGUCAGAGUUACGUUUCCGUCAGCUGACGAGGGAAUAUCAGGCAUUACAGCGAGCCUAUGCCUUGCUGCAGGAACAAAAAGGGGGCAUGCUGGAUGCAGAGAUUGAAGCUAAGGCUCAUGAACAAAUUCAAGCUGAUGUUCUCAGGUAUAAAGCCAAAAUAGAGGAUUUGGAGAAGGAACUAACCUUAAAGGGACAGGACUCCAAAUGGGUUGAGGAAAAGCAACUCUUCUUACGACGGAACCAGGAGUUGUUGGAUAAGGUGGAAAAGCUAGAGUCGGACUGCAGUCGACUUCAACAGGAGCUUCAAGACUCCAGAGACCAGAAUGAACUUUUGGAGUUCAGGAUUUUAGAGCUGGAGGAGCGUGAAAGAAGGUCCCCUCCGUUCAACCAUCUGAGGAUGCAUCCGUUCUCUGAGGGAGUCAGUGCGCUGCAGAUCUACUGUAUGAAGGAAGGGGUCAAGGAUGUAUGCAUACCGGACCUCAUCAAACUACUAGACAUCCUUGGAGACAAUGGGAACUUAAGAAAUGAGGAACAAGUGGCCAUUAUCCAGGCCAGCACUGUGUUGUCACUAGCAGAAAAGUGGAUACAGCAGAUAGAAGGGACAGAGGCAGCACUGCAUCAGAAGAUGAUGGACCUGGAGAUAGAGAUGGAUAUGUUCUGCAAACAGAAAGGAUAUCUGGAAGAAGAGCUGGACUACAGGAAACAGGCCCUGGAUCAAGCUUACAUGCAAAUUCAGGAGUUGGAAGCAACGUUAUACAACGCACUCCAGCAGGACAAGGUGAUAAAAUACGAUGAGCCUCUGAAUGAGCUUCAGAAAGACGAGCUGCGAAUGGCCGUGGAGAAGCUGAGGAGGCAGAUGCUGAGGAAGAGCCGAGAGUACGACUGCCAGAUCCUCCAGGAGAGGAUGGAGCUGCUGCACCAGGCCCACCAGAGGAUUCGUGAUCUUGAAGACAAGACAGAAAUCCAGAGGAGGCAGAUUAAAGACUUGGAGGAAAAGUUUCUCUUUCUAUUCUUGUUCUUUUCUCUUGCUUUCAUCCUCUGGCCUUGAAGUCUUUGGACUGUCCUGGAGCAGAGGUCUUGUGUCAGCACUGAGACCCCGUUUGAGAUUUUGAUGGUAUUUACAUGUAGGACCAGCUGGACAACGUGUUGUGCGUCGUAGUAACCGUUUGUGUCGU